AUGGCUUUAGUGUCUUUCAGAAUAAACAUGGCAAACUCCUUGCUGGAAGCGCAGGUGGAAGGCCGUCCUGGCUGGCUCCUGGCAUGCCACGAGCGCUGGAGUCUCUCCCUGGGCACCCUGCUCUGCCAGCAGCUCGGGUAUCUCAGAAUGACCCAUCAGAAAGGAGUGAACCUGACGGAUGUCAAGGUGAAUGACACGCAGGAGUUCCUUCAGGUGAGACCCCACCAGGAAGGCAGCCUGGAAGAGAUGUGGCAGGUCAGUUACAGGCAGCUUCAAGCCUCCACCUGGCUGGUUUUCGCAGGCAUUGUCACCCGUGGCUCGAUCAAGCAGGAGGAUGGGGUAUCAGUAAAGAAAAUAAUUUACCACCCGCUUUAUAAUGACAGUAGCCUUGACUACGACAUUGCUCUGAUGAAGCUCCAAGUCCCUCUGAAUUUCUCAGACGCCGUCCGUGCAGUGUGUCUGCCACCUUCUCACCGGGACCUCUUCCAGGGCACGCCGUGUUGGGUCUCUGGCUGGGGCUAUACCAGACCAGACCAAGCGCAGGUUACCAAGACGCUGAAGGAAGCACUCGUUCCCUUAAUCGGUACCAAGAAGUGCAAUAGUUCGUGCAUGUACGCAGGCGAGCUCACUGCCAGGAUGCUGUGCGCCGGCUACCUCCAAGGGAAAACAGACGCAUGCCAGGGUGACAGCGGGGGCCCCCUGGUUUGCCAUGAUGAAUUUACGUGGCGUUUAGUAGGCAUCGUCAGCUGGGGCCAGGGCUGUGCUGAACCCAGCCACCCUGGGGUUUACACCAACGUGGCUCAGCUUCUGCCAUGGAUUUAUCACAUCACGGAGUUAAAGCCAGAAACAGAAGGGGCUCCUCACCACCUGCCACGGCUGCGCUGGGCUGACCCAGCAGGCAGAAUGGCCGUUCGGUUCUGCAGUGACUUAUGUGCAACGUGA